AUGUCUCAAGCAUCUAUUUUUGAACAGGCUAACGAGUCAGUCUCAUUUCUGAGAGACAGUUUACCGGAGGCGCUCCAAAAGCCUCUAGUUGCUAUUGUCUGCGGCUCUGGGCUGAGCGGCCUAGCAAACACGGUCCAGGCAGAGCCCAGAGCGGAAUAUGACUAUUCAGCAAUUCCUCACUUCCCUCGCCCCACAGUUGCUGGACAUGCCGGAAAGCUGGUAUUUGGACUGUUGGGCCAGAAGAUCCCCGCAGUCUUGAUGGUUGGUCGAGCACACUACUAUGAGGGCCAUUCAAUGGAUCAGGUUACAUUCCCCAUUCGUGUGUUUAAGCAGUUGGGCGUCGAUACUGUUAUUCUGACGAACGCGGCCGGUGGCCUGAAUUCUAAGUAUAAUGUGGGAGAUAUCAUUGUGCUGAAUGAUCAUAUCUUCCUAGCCGGCCUUGCCGGGGUCCAUCCUCUCAGAGGACCUAAUGUGGAAGAGUUUGGAGUCCGCUUUCCACCUCUAUCCGACGCAUAUGACCUAGAUCUUCGUCGUAACGUCCACCAAGCAUGGAAAGAAGUCAUUCCGUCUCAGAGUACCAGAAAGCUACACGAGGGAGUGUAUGCAUUCGUUAGUGGUCCCACGUAUGAAACGAGAGCCGAGAGCCGUAUGCUUCAAAUGAUGGGUGCUGACGUAGUCGGUAUGUCGACCGUGCCAGAGAUUGUGGUGGCGAGGCACUGUGGCCUUCGCGUGCUGGCAUUUAGUCUGGUCACCAACAACGCUGUAUUGACACCUGUUCCCCGUGGAGACGAGGAACUGUUCCAGGGCAAGACCGCUGAUGAGCUCAACGCCAUUCUGGAAGAGGGAAAGGCGGGCCAUGAAGAGGUCUUAGAGGCUGGUCGAACAGCAGCCUUGGACAUGCAGAAAUUGGUGGUGCACACCCUGGAGGCUGUUUUCAAAGUCUAG